AUGCCAGCGUUAAUGCUAUCAAAAAAUUAUGGAAUUGAAACAAUAGACAUGGUUUCUCGUAUUUUUCGUGCCGUGCCUCUUGGCCGUAUACGGUUGGCGAUGGAGGAAGAUGCUCCUGCGAUUAUGGCUCUGGUGAAUGAGUCUAUGUCGUUGAAUUUUCGAGUGAAGAAUGUUUGGGAUAUUAAAUAUAUUUUAAAAAAUUGCGUGUUAUCAAUUUGCCAGCUCGAUAUUAAUGGUACUAUAGUUGGAUUUUUAUCAGCAAAAGAUUAUCCGCUGUUACCAUCUGUCAAUCCUGCGGCUUGGGAGGAUUUCGUAUGGAGCAAAUAUAAAUGUGUAGAAUUGAAUUCUAGAAAUACGUUAUUUUUACAUUUGCUUUGUUGGAAUCCAAUUUAUGCGAGGGAACUUGUGGAUAACAUGCUCAAGUCUUUGUUUAUGCACGAUCCAUACUUACAAUAUAUUGCUAUGAUGAGAACCAUAGUUGAAUGUCCCUUGCUUGUACCAGGACAGUCUCGUUCCGAAGCGUCGUUCAAACGAAUGCAGGCCUUAGAACGCGGCGUCCCCGGGGACCAACUGCCCGCGCUGUUGGUUGCUGAUAGAAACGAAGUCAGCCCUAGAUUGAGAAUAAGGAGAGCUGUUGAAGAAGACAAUGACGAUAUAGUGCCAAUAAUAGAGCGUCAAUCCACACGCCUCCGCGAACUUUAUGGUGAUUUCUACGUCAGUGAGCUUAUCUCUCGCCACCCGGAGUCUGAACGAGUGUUACUUGUGUGUGAGCACAAAGAAGUAGCCGUUGGAGUAAUGUGUUUGAACACACAAAUAAAUUACGAGGAGUUGGAAGAAAGCUUUGAACUUUCUCCUUUCGCUGGUUUGAAACGUUUGGAACGCAUUAUUAAUCCUGAGAAACAGACUGUGGUCUCUAACAUUAGCAUACUGGACGAAAAUAAAGAGCCGAAGAAGGAGGCUUCUUUUACAAGCGCUACUUCUAAGGACGUUAAAUCAAGGGUGACUUGGAUAUUUGAUGAUGAUGAAUUUAAAAAGUUUGAUAAGGACAAAGAGGUUCGUCCUGCUGCACAACCGGGUCCCUAUUCACAAUUAGAUGUUCUCAAUUUCUUCCAAGACGAACCGGAGGAAGUGGAAUACGAUAUUGUUAAUAUUGACCACGAUUUGUUGAAAGUUCCCAAGUUCUUUUAUGAAAAUCUGGGCAUCAGCACUGAUGAUAGUACUAAAUCUCAUAGAAGGGAAUCUUUUUACGAUAAUAAAUAUUUAGAUCAAGACAAAGGCAAGAGAACUUCGGAAUUUCUUAUAAGCCCUCCUGCCAGACCGCCUCAGCCGACGCGUUAUAUCGGUGCCCCUAAUGCCUUUCUGCUUGAGUUGUUUGCUAUGCACCAAGAUUAUGACGAAAGGUAUGGUUUCGAUAUGUUGCAAGCGGCUUACGAACUAUUUCCGAAUAGAGAUUACUGCAUUAUUUGCUUACCUACAAGUCAUACGAGCUUUCCCCUGUUGGACCAUUUCACGCUUGUGACACCGCAUAGUUAUCGGAUGAGGUUUAUCAACGAAACACUCUACGUGGCUCACAUCAACUCCGUCAGAGGAGAUGUACGUGUACGUGCGGCUGAACCGUACGACGUGCCCAGCGUGACGGAGGUUCUAGAACAUUCUCCAAGAAAGCAUGAACUGUUGGAUCUGUUGCACGACAGCUUUGUUAUAAGGAUUCUGUCAUCCUUUGUUCUCCUAAGCCAGAAUCAGCCGAUCGGUCUUAUUAUACUUGGACCUUUAGAUGAGAAUACUAUAGUGAGAGCCCAAUAUGAUUUGCUGCCUGAACCUCACAAAUAUGGGACUGAUGCUGCGAUAUUGGCUGGUAUCAUGUCUCCGAUAAUGGAGCCUCACGCGCGGUGGUACUUGCGCGAUCUAAUUAGACACACUAAAUAUGUAACCUUGUUCUUGGCAUGUCGCCUUUUUGCGAAAGGCGACGCGAGUCCAGCUAGACAUUUAAUGUCACUAGGCCACUUCAUGAAGCCAGUAGUGCCCCGGCAAUUUUUCCCCAACGUAAAGGGCAAUAAGGAUUUAGAACUUAUAUUUCAACCCAUAUCUGCUCCAUUUGCCCUUUGGACCUUAGAAAGAGCACUAACAAGCUUACCAAGAGUCUAUGUGAAUAACAAUAUUGUGGUGGUGGGAGCUAGUCGGACUGGGCUUGCUUUUAUCGAACACCUUUUUAUGGGACCAACCUCCCAGUACUUAACAUUUACGAACAUAACCUUAGUGUCUGAGCACGGGUUGCCCACAGUGCCUGAUUGUCUUAGGGCCGCCGAAACUUGCGUGCCGAGGAAUGGGCGAUAUACCGAUAGAUAUAUAAAGAGUGUCCCGUUUUAUUAUUAUGUCGAUGUUAUAUCUGCGGUUAUGACGCAAAUAGACAGAAAAAAGAAGUGUAUUCAUUUGAAAGACGGUGGAAUGAAGUUCUAUGACGAGCUAGUUUUAACCUGUGGCCAGCAAUUCCAGCACCCAGACUACUUGAAAGAACCUGAACCAGUUAGAGAAGUUGAUCCCACUAAACCAUGUGACCGUCUACUGAUGGACGACACGCGGUACCGGCCGGACCGCGUGCCCCCUCCACCGGAGCUACCUGAUAAUGUGAUGCUCAUCAACUCAUUGGAACAAGCCAAUAAUUGCUUGAGGAAACUACAGGCGAUGAUUAAAGAAGCGAAGGAUUCGGAUAAUUGUUUGAGUGAAGAAAACAGGAUUAUAAUUUAUGGCGAUUACAUAGAAGCCUACAGCUGUAUAGCGGCGUUGCUAGAGAUGGGUAUAUCUUCGAAGGUGUUAGCGUUUGUGGAACCAUUCCCUCCAGAGGAUGGUACUAAAAUGAGAGUCAAUUGUUUUAAUAAUGAAACGGUCGACGAAAGGGUUCAAAUGAUGUUGAAAAAGCUGAAAAUACAAGUAUAUAGGAAGAGUCACCUGUACGGCUGGUGGCAGAAAGGCAACUGCGUUGAAACUAUUCGUCUCAUGGCGCCCUUGCAUGCCUUUCAUUUGCCAUGUUUCGCUUUCUUUUAUUAUGGGAUAAAGGCUAUUGAUGUUUAUGCUUUUAAAGCAAUCAACGAAAGCGGUCUAGUAUACGACGGUGGUCUGGUAGUGGGGCCAAGCUUCGAAACUAACGACCCACACGUGUUCGCGGCGGGUCCAUGCGUGCGCUACUCGCGCAAACUGUACGCGGACAAUCGUCAGCACAAGUAUUACAGCUCGGAGGAUAUUGGCGAGGCAUUGGCAAGGAUCUUCCUCCGCAAACUGGACCCAUUUAUGACCGGCGUGAACGAAGUCGAGUCGCCGACAUCCGAUGUCGUUCCACGCUUCAGUUCCAGCUUAUUGGCAUUCAAAGAUUCGCAUGCAAGUGUUGGUAAUAUUUGUUUGUUAUUUGUCUUCAGACGCUGGCAACCUGUGGCCAAGUUCAAAGCUCCACUGGCUCAGUCUGCAAUAUUACCUGGACCGUUGUAUUACAUGCAGCUCCGACAGCCAGGCCCAGAGAUACCCAUGGCGGUGAAACUAUCAUUACCUCACCAGGGCCACACAUUGAUAACAGAUAAAAACGAGAACUAUUUUCGUCUCCAAGUGAAUGCAUUGCAUUGUAUCGAAGCUAUCACCUGUUUGUCCAAGAAGAAAUUUUCGAGCGAAAGUUUUAUUUUGUUAUAUGGGAAACAUGAGGCGUAUUUUAAUAAUUUGCUUGCUAGAUAUAAGUUGCAUCUGAUCGACGAUUUUUACGAUUUCUUCUCCAAGCCCUGGCUGUCAGCGCUGUAUCAGGAAUCAUUCAUCGAUUUAUUAAGAGACCUUCAUGAGCAUGAAGUGAAAACAGAGUGCGGUCAGAACGCAGAGCUGCGGCAGGCGGCGGCGGCUUUCUGGCAAUCGAUCGGGGGCGAGCACAUCGUUACGUCGCACCUCGCGCACUAUCUCAAACGGAAUACUGUCACCAAUCCGUACUACGCCGUGCCCGAACCGGAGUUCACUUGAUUUUGUUG